AGUGGUACCUCGGGUUACAUACGCUUCAGGUUACAUAUGUUUCAGGUUACAGACUCCGCUAACCCAGAAAUAUUACCUCGGGUUAAGAACUUUGCUUCAGGAUAAGAACAGAAAUCGUGCAGCAGCGGCAGCAGGAGGCCCCAUUAGCUAAAGUGGUGCUUCAGGUUAAGAACAGUUUCAGGUUAAGAACGGACCUCUGGAACGAAUUAAGUACGUAACCAGAAGUACCACUGUAUUUGGAUUUGAGCUUUAAUGUAUAAUUUAUCCAUGAGUAUGCCUGAAUUUCUUCAUGGUGGAUCCUAGAAGUUGUAUUUUCCUCUAUUGUGGUUCAAAAUCAAAAAGCUGAUUCCAAGGAAUCCUUAAGUCUUAAAUUAUGCAGCACAAUCUAGGUUUCUUCUAUGAAGAAAUCAAAUAUGAGUUCCUAAUUAAUUUUUUCAACCUAUUGCUACGUACUGUUGUUAUCAUAAAAUGUUAUCAAUAUGCCCAGGUUUAGAUACUUCUGCCUAGUUUGUUUACAUUAAUAUUCUUUUGCUGGUAUUAAAUCACAACUUCUUACAAUUUACUUUUACUACACAAGCUGAAAAUGUAAGUUUUAAAAGAAAAAACCAAUAUGCUAAAUUUUCUGCCAAUAAAGCAACUUUCCUUUUAUCAGGGAAGUAUUUCUUUCAUAGCAUAGUGAUUCCUGGCUCAUUCUCAUCCUUUUGUUUGUAAGAGCAGAAGGUGUGAUAGAUAUUGACAACUGCAUGGUACAAGGGAUAGUAGCAGCACACUCUAAAAUCCUGGGUUUCUUCUUGAUCUUUUCCUAUUUAUGGAGAAUAAAGCUUUAACUGAUAAGGCUUUUGUGAGAUCUAAGCUGUGUAUACAAAUGGUGACUUAAACCUUUUAUAAGAGCCUAAUACUGUUUCUGGUCAUUUUCUGUAAAGUAGGAAGUUUUGGAUGAUUAGAACAAUUAACAAAAGUGUUAACUUUUGCUUUUGACACAGUACCAAACUUAUGGGUAUGCAAUUGUACUGGCAUCUUAAAAUGACAGGCAGGCAUUGACCAUGCUAUUCAAAUCAGCAAACUCUGAUUUAGAGGGUAAACCAUGCAUUUCAAGUAUGGACUGCAAGAGCAUAGUUUGUUGAUCUGGAUUAUUUAGCAAACAUGGAAUGACAAACUGAAAAUGAAGCUGUGUGCUUGAGGGGAAGAGGAGGUACCCAAGCCUGCAGUUCAUUUCUAAACCUCUAAGCAAUGGUUUGAGGGAUUGGAUGAACUGAGGCAUUGAAUUACAUAGCAAACAUUUCCUGUGCCCAAAAUAUUUACUUAUUUGAUAUAAACUGCCAUAUAUUCUGAGCAAAUUGCUGCAGAGUUUUGCAACCACUACAUAUUUUUCCCUGCUCUGCUUGCUAUACGAAUGAAUAUCUUAUAGGUUUAGUAGCUGCUUCUUGGAACAUAUUUUGUCUUCUGGUUCUAAUAACAGAAUACAGAAGUCAUUUGUACUCUUGUGUCAGGACUAGGACAAAUGAGAUCAAUGCAUCUAUAAAUAGCUAGUUUUUUUACUUUAAAACAGAUGUGUUCCUUUCACAUAUUUCGUGUAUGUGUAGGUAUAGAUAUGUAUAUGUAAAGAGGGGUGGCAAUUUCUUCAUACAUGUUCUCUUUGUACCUGAUGUGACUCAUGUAUAUUGCUACAGAUGGGUAUUGGGAGCUGAGCAGCAACUUGCCAUAAAUGAUGUAAAUGAAAAGAGAUGUAUUUAACAUGGGUGGCAACAUUAAUAUUUUAAAUACAUAAAGACUGAAGCAGUAAGCUGCUGUACCUCCCACAUAGCAACCCAAUAUGACUCUAAACAGACAUAAAUAGAAAAUUAGUAAUUUAACAGGUUAGUGUAGUUUGUGUGAAAAUAAUUCAUUUAUCUUCAUGUAAGCAAGAGAAACUGUCGCAACUGAUCCACUGUGGUUCAAUAAACAACGUGCUUGUGGGCAUGUGUUAAUAAGCUAAACUUGGAUGUCCUAGCUGGCUAUAAAAAGAUUUAAGUGAAAUUGACCUUCAGCACAAGCUGGAACUCCUGUUAUAUGUUUGCUGUCUGCUGCAAAAGAGAAGCUAACCAGCAUUUAAACAUACAAUUAUUUUUCUCUCCCUGAAGAUGGCCAGAGAAGCUAUAUCACUGUGUGCUCUGAACAAGACAUUAAACAGAGUGGAGAACAAACUGCACACUUUAGAGGGUCAGUUUACAGUGCUAGACUCUAGCAUUCAGAAAUUAACAGAGAAGUUUGAGUUUCGGACUACAGUAAUGGAGCAUCAGUUCGACCAGGAUGAAAUGUGGUCAUCACUGCUAGAAGACAGAUUCUCUUCUGUGGAGGUAAAUCUUUUCUACAGCUACAUUUGUGAAACUAUUCGCUGCUUACAUUCUGAAGUGGUAGAAAUGCUACCAGAUCUGGCAAAAGCCCUUCCUACUCUGUCAUCUGUUCUGAGGCGAAAAGGCAGAAACCAAAGAAUUAGGCUGGCCUGGGAGUCUGUACUGGAGAAACUGGGGCUGCAAGAAGGAGAUGUUAAAGCCCUCUGUGCAUUUUUCAUUACAAAUUGUCACAAUGCCUGCUACUAUCCUGCUGAUCAAAGGCAAGAUUAUGCCAAUGACAUCAGCUCUAUUAUAAACAACGUGGUGAAGAACCCGCUGCUUCAGCGAAGUCUGCUGUCUGCUAUUUGCGUAGUGGAAUACAGAAAAAACUGAACACGCUUGCAAAGAACAAGAGACACACCCUAAAGGAUUAUAACCUAGAAACAAAUUGUCUCCAAAACUGCUUAUAACUGCAAAGUCCUUCCUCAGUAGCUUUAUGCAAGACUUCCUCUCAGUCUUCACCCCAUCUUUAACAGAAAAAAGUUCCACUGUACUGGCCUAAUCCACAGAGAAGUUGUACAGAUUAUGAAGAUUGCAUAUGUGAAGCAUGACUGAAGCGAUGCAUUAUUAUUACUGCUAAUAUUAACAACUCCCAUUUUGCUCCUAUCUUUUGAAAUCUAUCACCCAGAUCCUACAGUAGAGUAUAAUCUUGAAGUUCCCCUUUUUUGGUUUCUCACUUGAAAUACAGGCCCCAUUCUUGAGAGGCAGGCAUAAUUGCAUAUAUCACAAACAUAUGUCUUGGUGCGAGUGUAAUGUACAUAUUUGCUGGGUCCUGCUGCAUACUUCAGGGAGUGCCUGCUCCCAAUUUGUUGAUCAAUUUUCUCACAGUAAAAAAAGUGGGGUAUAAAGAGGAAGUCCUCCUCAGGUGAUUUUUAAAAUGCAUACUUAUUUACUUGCAACCUCAAGUGCACUAAGCCAUCUGUGAUUGACCAUGAUUAGCUUGACUUUUGUUCAUUAUGUAUUCCCUCAUAGUUCCUAUGCUUUCUUUUGCCAUUUAGAAACAUAGCUGCAUGUUAUUAUCUUCUUCUCUGUUACCAAUGUGGUUAAAAGUUAGUCACCAUGUCUUAUUCAGCCCCAUUUAAAAGCAAAUUGACACCAGAGCACACUCUAAUAUGUACUGUUUGCACCUGAUGAAAUCACAUACUGCUCAAUAAAGUGAUUCAUAGUUUAAAGAAAAUAUUAUGCACACUCAUGUCUAAUGGCUGGGCUGCAACACUUCA